UUUGCUCCUCCCCUCCCUCCCUCCCCUUCCGCCUUCGUUCCGCCACACCCACGAAAACCCUACCUCCGGAGGCCGCUUCCCUUCCCCGGUCACCGCACCGACGGGCGGGGCGAGAUGAUGGGGUACCAGAAGGGCGUCGACAUCGAGGCGGGGACCUCCGGCGGCACCGGCACCGCGGCGCCGACGCGGGGGCUGUACCCCGGGAUGACGGAGAGCCCCGAGCUGCGCUGGGCGCUCAUCCGGAAGAUCUACGUCAUCCUCUCCCUGCAGCUCCUCCUCACCGCCGUCGUCGCCGCCGUCGUCGUCAAGGUCCGCGCCAUCCCGCACUUCUUCGUCUCCUCCAGCGCCGGCCUCGGGCUCUACAUCUUCCUCAUCAUCUUCCCCUUCAUCGUGCUGUGCCCGUUGUACUUCUACCGCCAGAAGCACCCAGUCAACCUGCUGCUGCUUGGCGUCUUCACAGUGGCUAUCAGCUUCGCUGUGGGAAUGACAUGUGCCUUUACUAGCGGCAAGGUCAUUCUGGAGGCCGCGAUUCUUACAACAGUGGUUGUCUUCAGCCUCACUGCUUACACUUUCUGGGCCGCAAAGAGGGGCCAGGACUUCAGCUUCCUUGGUCCUUUCCUGUUUGCUUCUCUCAUCAUGUUGCUCGUCUUUGGGUUCAUUCAGAUCCUCUUCCCGAUGGGCAAGCUGUCUCAUAUGAUCUAUGGCGCGCUGGCGGCACUCAUCUUCAGUGGCUACAUUGUGUAUGACACGGACAACAUCAUCAAGCGUUACACGUAUGACGAGUAUGUCUGGGCCGCCGUCUCGCUCUACCUUGACGUCAUCAAUCUGUUCCUGGCCCUGCUGACCCUGUUUAGGGCGGGUGACAGCUAAGCGCAUCGCCCUGUGGCUUCAAAUCCGGUGGACGAAUUUGGUAUCGCGAUGAGUCCGACUUGAAGAAUUGUAUAGGCUGGUAUCGCUGGCACGGUGAAGAUGUUGCUUAGUUUAGUUGAGUUGAUCCCUAGUAGAGAGGAAACGUAAGAAAACUGUGCAAUCGGUUCUAUGUAUGGUGGAUGUGAUAGCUGGAUUGGUGGUGUUGCUGCGUGUACGGUAUCGUCUCUUACUAUAACUGUGUCUGGUAUCAUUUCUAUCUCUACACUGCACGUUGACCA